GAUUGAAUUUCAAGACAGUCAUCAUUAUCGUGAUGCUGUAUAUCUUCCAGAAGUUGCUAGCGAACAAGGUUCUUUGUUCUUUCUUGCUUUCGAAGGUUGGGAUCAUACAGAAACGAUAGAUAAUUUAAUGCGAAAGGGCGGUUAUCGUGGACAUAUCUCGGAAGAAACACGCAUGAAAGUGAACGUUGUCAGAUUUCAGUCUGACAAAGUUUUGAUGAGUCACCAGGAAUAUGUAGAUUAUAAAUCAAAUUACGGUGAACCAGUGCUGACUGAUCCCGGUGGACGUCGAGGUCUUUUCCACGCUUGUAGGCCUUAA